AUGGUGAUGAAAGAUAGCGACCGAAUCCAUUGCGCAUUAUUCUUGUUGAAGAACGAAGCCCGAAAUUGGUGGGAAGGCGCAAAGAAUGGCAUCGAUUUAGCAAAUACCACUUGGGAAGCUUUCAAAGUUCUUUUCUUCGAAAAGUACUUUUCCAAGAAUGUCCGAGCACAAAAACUUAAAGAGUUUCUCGAACUCAAAGGAAACCUACCCGUUGCCGAAUUCACUCACCGUUUCGAACAAGGCAGCCUCUACGCACCUUUCAUAUCCAAAGACGAUACCGAGAAGAUGAAUCACUACUUAAGGCGUCUCAGCCCGGUAAUCAAGCGUGACGUUCGACUAAUCUCCGCUUCCACUUUCUACGGAGUAGUAGAUAAAGCCUUAAAAGCCUCACAAGAUGAGGUGGAAAUCGGACAAUGGCGACCUACUACGAUGCCUCUUCUCGACUAUGGAAGAAACCGAACCUCAACAAUGCCAAAGGAAUGCAACCGAUCAACCGAGCAACCGUGA